AUGCUGUGGUUCCAGGGCGCCAUUCCGGCCGCCAUCGCGUCGGCCAAGAGGAGCGGCGCAGUCUUCGUGGUGUUCGUGGCAGGUGAUGAUGAGCAGUCUACACAAAUGGCUGCAAGUUGGGAAGAUGAGAAAGUGACAGAAGCAUCUUCAAACAGUUUUGUUGCUAUUAAAAUCGAUACCAAAAGUGAAGCCUGCCUACAAUUUUCACAGAUCUAUCCUGUAGUGUGUGUUCCAUCCAGUUUUUUUAUUGGAGACAGUGGAAUUCCUUUGGAAGUAAUAGCAGGAAGUAUUUCUGCAGAUGAACUUGUUACCAGAAUCCACAAAGUCCGGCAGAUGCAUUCAUUAAAAGGUGAUGCAUCAUUGGCCAAUGGCAGCCAAUCAGAAGGUUCAGUCUCUACUCCAUCUGCCUCAUUUGAACAUAACAAUACUUCUGAAAACUGUCAGUCCAGAAGUGUAGAGCUCUGUGAGACGCCAUCCUCUUCUGAUACAAAGUCAGAUUCUGCAACAGGAGGAGAAAGUUCAGGCCAGACCACUGUGUCUCAAGAGCCUAGUGGAUGUUCAAAUCAGAGACCUACUGAAGACCUCACCGUCAGAGUGGAAAGACUAACCAAAAAACUUGAAGAAAGGAGAGAAGAGAAAAGGAAAGAGGAAGAACAGAGGGAGAUUAAGAAGGAAAUUGAGAGGAGGAAAACUGGAAAAGAAAUGUUGGAUUAUAAAAGAAAGCAAGAAGAAGAAUUAACAAAAAGAAUGUUAGAGGAAAGAAAUAGAGAAAAGGCAGAAGAUAGGGCAGCUCGAGAGCGUAUAAAACAGCAGAUUGCUCUGGACCGUGCAGAGAGAGCUGCUCGGUUUGCAAAGACGAAGGAAGAGGUAGAAGCUGCUAAAGCUGCCGCCCUGCUGGCCAAACAGGCAGAGAUGGAAGUCAGGAGAGACACUUCCACAAAAGAGAGAAGCACUGUUGCGAGAAUUCAGUUCCGUCUUCCAGAUGGUUCUUCCUUUACAAAUCAGUUCCCUUCUGAUGCUCCUCUAGAGGAAGCAAGGCAGUUUGCUGCACAGACUGUUGGCAACACUUACGGUAACUUUUCAUUAGCAACAAUGUUUCCCAGGAGGGAAUUUACCAAAGAAGAUUAUAAAAAGAAAUUAUUGGAUUUGGAACUUGCUCCAAGUGCUUCAGUGGUACUGUUGCCAGCAGGAAGACCAACUACAUCCAUGGUACAUUCUUCCAGUGGAGACUUUUGGACAUUGUUGGGGACAGUGCUUUACCCAUUCCUUGCCAUCUGGAGACUGAUAAGCAACUUCUUAUUUAGUAAUCCUCCUCCUGCACAGACCUCAGUGAGAGCAGCAUCACUGGAAACCUCAAACCUUGCUUCGUCUAGCAACUCAGAAAAAAGGGAACCAGUCAGAAAAAGAGUGCUGGAGAAACGGGGGGAAGACUUUAAAAAGGAAGGCAAGAUAUAUAGAUUGAGGACUCAAGACGAUGGUGAAGAUGAAAACAACACUUGGAAUGGGAAUUCUACUCAACAGAUGUAG